GAUCGUUUAACUGCCGCCAUACCACCACCGUCCUCGCUUGUUCUCCCUGUUGUCACUGACGACGCCUCCUCUUGCCUGCUUUUACAUUCAUCCAUACAAUCAGUCGACAUUCUACUACAGCUGCUACUGGUGUCUUUUAACUUCUCCAGACAGAGAAAGCGGCAACUAAACAGCUCAUCUCUGUCUGUCGGUUAGCAGGGUGUGUUGCUCCACCAUGGUCGCCGUCCAGCUUCUCACCAACACAAUCGGAGAUUACUUACUAUCUAAUAUUCGGUGUCAUCCUUGUUGCUGGCCUGGAAGUAAGGCGUCUACUUACCAUUAUUAAAGUGAACCAUUGCACUCGCUACUGCAGCCAAUGCCGCCACAGCUAGUCUGUCGCCAGACACCUUGCAUUCUCGGCGAGUGUUCCUUCAUAGACACUCUACUAUGGGCAAUUGUAUCACACAAUGUUGUGGCAAAGACAAAAGGAAAUAUUUACGAACACGAUACAGUGUUGACAGAGACUUUUCCAUCGAGUUUGAAAACUUGAUGGAUGAUGAAGCCGUUCAAGACGAAAUGAACAAGCCCCUGACUGACUUUGAGAAACAACUUUUAUCUGAGAAACAAUAUAGGGGUCUUGUUCACGAGCAAAAAAAAAUUGAUGCUGAGAUUGAAGCACAGCUUGCCAAACAAGAGGAGGAGUUGCGUAUGGAAGAAGAAGCUUACUAUGAAGCUAGAAGAGAGGCUGCACGGAUAGUACGGCUUCAGCGUAUUGCUAAGGAACAACAAGCUACUAAAACUCACACAGACCGUUCCUGGUUAGGGGAUAACGAAAAUGACUGGGACGUAGCCGGAGGUGAAGAUGAUUUCGAAAUGUUCCUGGCUAGUGUGAAAGCUCGUUCUCUGUCAGCAAGGACACAGUUACGUCAAGCCUGUUACUGGAACUUACUGGUGACGCCAAGUAUUUCACGAGCUCUUGAUCUCAGUGUAGCGACAUCUGUGACAGAAGGAGCAUCUGCAGAUGGUCAAAGUACUAGUAGCAGCACAACACAUACUCGAGAUCGGUCACAUACUGAGGCAUCUUCCUUAGAUCUGGAAUGGGAUCAUGAAGCAGGAAUUAUACCCCAUAAAGCACCUCGAUCAGCCACAGAAGAAAAUCUUGUUGCUCUAGCUGCUCAAGAAAUGUUACAUCCUACCAGUCCUGCAAACUCUGCUGAGCUCGAGUGGGACAACGAUUACGUCAGCGCCGAUGUUCUUGAGAGGGAACAACUUUUAACGGUGAGGAAAGGUGGCAAAGGAACAUAACAGUCACAAACAAUCUACCUACUGACAAAACAUUUUACUUUGGGAUUGGAUUGCUACCUUCCUUGGUGCCGAAAAUACAAUUCUAAGGAACUAUUACUGUCUGGCAGUGACAGUAGAUAUUUGACAUACUACUAAAAAGUGGCUGUUGAAAGACUUUCUCACUGCUCAGGCAGUGCGCUGGUGUUGUGAACCACUUACCAUGUGCCUGAUAUCUUUAUGGCUAUUUCUUGGUCCACUUACCUGUCCAGGCUGCAACUCUAUAACUGUAGCCAAUCUCGGACCUGCUACUACUGCUGCUACUGCUCACUUCAAUGUUUACAUUCCAACAUUUUCUUUUGUUAUGGUUUUUUUGUUCUUUAUGUUUCCUUUUUUUUUUUUUACAUUACAUUUAAAGUUAUUUUUCAGUUGUACUAAGGUUAUUUUUCAUUUUCUUUGCUUCCCAUAAAACCAAUCUUAUCUGUGAUUCCAUAAAAGUAAUUUGAAAUCCUAAAGAAAAAAAAAAUUAAUAAAAUUCCAAAACACUGUUUUACUGCAUGUAGCAAUGUGAUAUUUCUCCAGUGUUUCUGCAUAGCUCUCAGUGUUAACUGUUUAUAAAGCCAUGUCUAGAUAAAUCUCUCUUAAUAAACAAUCAUAUCAGCAGUGUGUGUGUAUGUGUCUUUGAGAGAAAGAAAGAAAGAAAGAAAGAGAGGGAGGGAGGGAGGUAUACACAUGCAGGUGACUGGGCGAGCGAGAAGUGUGUCUGAGUGCUGUAUGUGUGUAUAUAAAAUAUAAUUUUCAUAUGUAACCAGGACUUCCUAUCCACUUGAGAGCUAUUAUUGUUCCCAGAUGUGAAGGUGUGUCAAUGGGACCUUUAACGGGGCUUAGCUGUCGUGUGUCUGCCUUUAAAUUUUUAGCUUCAUGGAAAACUGUUUUUAGGGCUUCCUUUAAAACACAGUACCAUAGCUCCCUAUAAUGGCCUCAUUUCUCUGUAACCUUCACUUUAUCCUAUUGAUUUCUUGACUGAAGCUGACAGCUUUGAUCUCAGAUUGUUGCCAACACCACCCAAACAACCCUCUUAGAGACGACCAACAGAAUACAUCCACAGCUUUCCUCCACUCAUCUCAUGUAUCAUUCUUUCAUUGUCAAUAUUUCAUUUUUUGAUCCCCCAGCCCAUCACCACGAUUAAUGACCACUGAUUCUUCACAAUAUUAUGGCAUCAUUCUCAUACAAGUUGUUUCAAGUAUCUUUCAAAAUGGUCUCAACUGCUGUUUCUUAGGAACUGCCUUAGAUGUUGAUGACCCAGCAUCCAAUUCUGUACAGCAUCUCAUGCCACAGUCCUCAUCCAAAAUUCUAAUACUGUUCUCAUAGGCAUAUCUCAUAUUUUAUAGUUUUCAUUCCAUUGAUUUAGCAAGCCAACACAUAGUUCUUACUGUUUUCUUCUUCAUUAUUGUUAUAUUAUUAUUAUUAUUAUCAUUAUCAUUAUUAUUAUUAUUAUUAUUAUGGCGAGCCGGCAGAAUCAUUAGCAUGCAGGACGAAAUACUUAGCGGUAUUUUAUCUGUCGUUACAUUCUGAGUUCAAAUUCUGCUGAGGUUGACUUUGCCUUUCAUCCUUUCGGGGGUUGAUAAAUUAAGUACCAGUUGCAUACUGGGUCGAUCUAAUCGACUGGCUCCCUCCCUAAAAAUUUCAGGCCUUGUGCCAAGAGUAGAAAAGAUUAUUAUUAUUAUUGUUAUUAUUAUUAUUCAAAUUCCACUAAGGUCAACUUUACCUUUCAUCACUUUGAGGUUGAUAAAAUAAGUACCAGUUAAACACUGGGGUCGAUAUAAUCGACUCAUCCCCUCCUCCAAAAUUUCUGCCCUUGUGGCAGAAUUUGAAACCAUUAUUAUUAUUAUUAUUAUUAUUAUUAUUAUUAUUAUUAUUAUUAUUAUUCAAAUUCUGCUGAGGUCAACUUUGCCUUUCAUCCUUUCGGGGUCAGUGAAAUAAGUACCAGUCGAGCCCUGGGAUCGAUGUAAUCGACUAUCCCUCUCCCCAAAAUUUCAGGCCUUGUGCCUAUAGUAGAAAGGAUUAUUAUUAUUAUGAAGGCGGCGAGCUGGCAGCGUUGUUAACAUGCUGGGUGAAAUGCCUAACAGUAUUUCGUCUGCCGCUACGUUCUGAGUUCAAAUUCCGCCAAGGUCAACUUUGCCUUUCAUCCUUUCAGGGUAGAUAAAUUGAGUACCAGUUAACACUGGGGGCGAUGUAAUCGAUUAGUUCCCUCCCCACAAAUUUCAGGCCAUGUGCCUAUAGUAGAAAAGAUUAUUAUUAUUAUUAUUAUUAUUAUUAUUAUUGAUUAGCAGAAUUGUUAGAGCAUCAGACAAAAUAUCUUGUGAUGUUUAACUAUAUAACCCUUUAUGUUCUGAGUUCAAAUCUUAUUGAGGCCAACUUCGCCUUUCAUCCUUCUGGAAUCAAUAAUGUAAUAGUCAAAUACUGGAGUCAAUUUAACUGUCCCCCUUUCCCAAAUGUCUGGUUUUGUGCUUAUGUUAAUAAUGAUAAUUAUUAUUAUUAUUAUAGCAGUGAAUGCUCCCAUGGCGCUUUUGGUAGCAUCUGUUCCUACAUGCCCAGCGGUGCAGUCUUCAAAUUACUAUGGGACUGUUCACUGAAAACAGUUGUUAUAACUAUGGAUUGAAGAAUCAGUAGAAUGACAACAGACAAAAUACUUUGCAGUAUUUAGUCAUGUCUCCCUUACAUUUGAAGUUCAAAUCUCAUCAAAGGUAACUUCACCUUUCAUCUUUCCAGGAUUGGUAAAAAAAAAAACAAAAAAAGUGCCAGUCAAAUACUGGAAUAAAUAUAAUUUGAUAUAUUAUUUCUUUGGCCUUGCACCAUUGUUAGAAAUCUUUAUUACAACAAAACUGUAACUUACAAUAAAAACUGUUAAUGAAAGCAACAGUUUUUAUGUGUCUUUGCUGAUAAUAAAUUAUAUUCUGUCUUUGAUGAAAAUAUUUGCUGUGUGUCUCCUGACUCUUGCCUACAUCCUUAAUUAGAUUAUCAGCAGGAGUAACCUCACAGCAAAUUUUCAUUUGCAUUAUUUUGUGACCUGAACAA